AUGGCGAAAGGGACCGGCGUGCACCCGCAGCUGGUGAUCGCGAUGCUCCUCUACUCGACCGCCACCUCGGGCGUGCUGCUCUCGCUGCUGUCAGAGUGCCCGCUCACAAUCGCGUCGGGCGACGCGUCGAUCGCUCUCUACACCAACCUCUGGCUGGUCGAGGCGUACAACCACCCCGCCUGCACCGACGAGACGCGCCUGCCGACGGCGCUCGCCUCCGCCCUCCUCCUCUCCCUCUUGAUGGGCUGCGUCUACUUCUUGCUCGGCCACUACCGCGCCGCCGACCUGGUGCAGUACCUGCCCUUCCCGAUCAUCGCGGGGUUCCUCGGCAUGGUGCCGCUCGAGUGCGGCGCCGCGCUGCUCCUCGUCGUCGUCCUGCUCGCCCUGCGGCGCGUCCGCUUCCCGCCUCGCUUCCUCUUUGUCGCCCUCUUCCUGUUCUACGCGCCGACGGCCAUGCUCCGGAUCGCGCGCGAGCGGCUCGAGGCGAGCCGAGAGAGCGGCUUCCUGUUUGACGUCUCCGACCCGGUCGGGCCUCUCGGCCUGUGGAGGGAGCUCGACCCGACGCGCAUCACGUGGGAGGCGCUCGUGCCGCAGUCCGGGGAGGUCUUCGGCACAGUCACAAUCUCGACCAUCUCGCUCGCGCUCCGCAUCUCCGCCAUCGACUCGGCGACUGAGGCGCGCCGGCCGCAGACUCGGGAGAACGCAACGCCCGCGCACCUCGACCCAGACAGAGAGCUGCGCCUCACCGGCCUCGUCACCCUCCUCGUCGGCGGCACGGGCGGGCUCAUCGGCUCGCACUCGCCCGGCCUCGUCGCACUCAACCAAGAGGUUGGCUCCGCGCGCACGAGCGGCGUCUGCCAGGCGCUGCUGCUGCUGCUGCUCUGGCCCUCACACCCGCUGCCCGGCCGGGCGGGUUGCGGCGCCCUCCUCACGCCCCUCUCGCUGUACAACAGGCUCACCGCCUUCCCGCUCACCAACCUGCUGCCGCGCUUCCUGCUGGGCGGCGUGCUCAUGUCCAUUGGCGACACGCAGCCGAGAGCGGGCCGAGAGGAGUAG